AUGGCGUCGUCGAGUCGGGCAGUCGACGAUGGCGUCGAGGAGGCCAAGGAGGAGCCGAAGAAGCGGCGGUGGCGACGCGUGCGCGAGUCCAUCUUUCGCCCGAAGCGGGAGGCGUCCUUCUCCACGCUGAGCGACGUCGUGCUGAUGCUGCCCUAUUUGGAGCGCCGCGCGCCGUUGCUGCGCUACUCCGUGCGCCAGCGCGAGUUCCUCGCGCUCGUCGUCGCCUACACGGUCGUGCCCUGGUUCUUUCUCGUCAUGUCGCGGCGCAUCGUCGGCACCGCCUUCCUCUGGUGCGUGACGCUCAUCUACGGCGUCGGCGGCCUCGCGAGCAUGGGCGGGUCGGGCUACAUCAUGUACCGCGUGCACACGUCCCCCGACGAGCUGCGCUACCAGCCGCUCAUGCACAUCAUGCAGUGCACGUCCCUCUGCGACUUCGGCUUCGCCCUGAAAUUCUUCGCGUCGUCGUUCCUGACGGUGACGGGCAUCCGGCCGUCGAACAGCCCGGGGCCGCUCUGCUACGUCUCCGCGUGGUUCGGCCAGUUCUUCGGACUCGCGACGAUCUCCUGGUCGACGAUCUACGGCCUGCACCUCGUGCUGACCAUGGUGCGGCCGCUGACCGUGGGGCGGAAGAACCGGCUGACGCUCGCGCGGCGCUAUCUGACAACGUACCAUUUGUUCGUCUGGACGUCCGCGCUCGCGUCCUGCGUCGCGGCCCACGCGGCGGGCGCCAUGGGCCCGACGGCCGACGGCACGUGCUGGCUCACGGGCCACUGGGUCUUCGCCUUCUACGGGCCGCUCUACCUCUACGUGUCCGUCGUCGUCGUCGUCCGGUCGCUCAACGCGUCGCUCCACCGGUCGCUGACGCGCGUCGCGACGCCGAGCGGCCGCGUGGCCGCCGAGUUCAAGAAGCACCACGAGCUGUGCUUCCGCGCGCUCCUCGUCACGGAGACCUUCGUGCUCGUCUGGGUCUACGGCAUCAUCUUCCGCCUCGACGGCUACGUGCACAGCGGCGGCACGGAGCCCUGGCUCAUCCUCACGCAGGCCGUCUGGCUCGCGCUCUCCGGCUUCAUCAACUUCAUGAUCUGGCGGCCGUUCCUGGCGAGGACGCGGGAGCGGACCGAGCCGGCGCCGCAGCGCGGCUUCCCCAAGGCCGCCGUCGAGAUGACGGCGAGGGAGCCGCCGGCGCCGCGCGCGCCGCCGGCGCCGCGCGCGCCGGCGUCGCCGCUCCGCGCGCCCGCGCGGCCGUCGGCGCCGAAGGGCACCGGCGUCCGCAUGCCGACGCCGCCGCGCGGCGCGCUUACGGCGUUGCUGCCCGCGAAGAACUCCGUCGCGAAGCCCGCGCCCUCGACGUGGAUGCGCGUGCCGCCGUUGCUCGAGCCCCUGGUCGGACUCACGCCCGUGAUCUCGCGCGUCUUCUCCGCCGUCGACACGACCGUGUCGCCCAGUCGUCUUUCUCCGGCGGCGUGUGUCGACGCCAUGGCGGGCGGCCUCCAGCCCGUGGACUUCAACGGCGCCGUCUUCGAGGCGGCGCGGCGGGCGCAGGCCGAGGAGGCGGGCCAGGAGCGCGCCGUCAUCGCGGCCAUGCCCGUGGCCUUCAAGGUGCCGGCGGUGUGCAAGAUCCCCGAGCGCGUCGUCAAGGGGGCCAUCGUGCGCACGCACCAGGAGCUCAAGUCGCGCAUCGUCAAGACGCUGGCGCCGAUGAGCGACGUCGUCGCCGUGCACCGCGCGCUCAACUCCGCGGGGACGCUCCGGCUGCUGAUCAUCUCGCCGGUGCACGGCUGGGUGAGCGAGAAGCUCGUCGAGUUCGUCAUGGAGGUGCCGGACCACCAGGGCGAGUACUGGGCCGAGCGCGCGAAGAAGGAGCAGAUCAAGGUGAACCAGGACAUCGCCUGGCGGCGGCCCCGGGGCCCCAAAAUCCCGGCGGCGGUGGCGAUCUCGCGGACCCUGGCCCACUUCAACUCGCUGGCGCUGAAAUGGGAGGCGGACCCGCCGCCCGAGGUCGAGGACCCCCUGAAGGACCUGAGCCCGCCGGCGGAGCUCUUGUUUCGGAGUUUGCGGGACCACAAGAUGAAGCGCGAGUCCGCGGUCGCGAAGAUGGCCGCGGGCCGCGCGCACAACGGCCUGCGCAUCCUGGAGCUCGGCAGCGGCGGCGGCCGCGACGCCGUCGAGCUCGCGCGGAGCCGCGUGGGCAUCGACUUCGUCGGCGUCGACGGCUCCGCGGGCAUGUGCGGCCUCGCGGCGGCGCGCGCGGAACAACGCAAGGUCGGCUUCAAGUGCGAGUUCCGCGAGCAGGAGUUCUUCGAGGCGUCGUUCUUCGGCGAGGGCGAGGGCGGCACCUUCGACGGCGCCUUCGCGGUGGACAGCCUCAAGCACGUGCCCUGGGACCUCCUCGAGGCCGCGCUCUCGAAGAUCCGCCGGUCGCUCACGCCGGGCGGGUCCUUUGUCAUCGCCGAGGCCCGGGUCGCGCGCAAGAAGCCCAAGGCCGCCGACGGCGACGACGGGCCGGACCGCUUCACGCUGAGCCGCGACGGCGAGUACGCGGAGCAGCGCACGUGGCUCGAGUGGCGGGAGAAGCUGCAGAAGUUCUUCGUGCUCGACAAGCUGGCCGACUACAGGGCAGCAAAAGAGAGCGAAAUUCCCAACUUCAAAGGCUUCGAUCUCGGCCAUUUUUCACUCGUCGACUACGACGUCGCGGACGCGAGGCGGCGCAAGAAGACGUUCUGGGCCGCGUCCUGGAUCGCCAAGGCCAGCGCGCUGGACGUGCCGCCGCCGCCGAACUUCGUCGACACGAGUCGGCGGGACGUCGACCCCGCGGACUUGGACGAGCCCGUCGCCGCGCCCGUCGUCGAGGACCUGUCGCGCAUCGACGACGGCCCCGCGCCGCCGCCGAAGAAGCCCCUGACGCACCUCGAGCGCCUCCGCGCGGACCUGGUCUGCACGUCCUGCGACACCGACGAGCCCGUGCGGCGCAAGCCCUGGCCCGACGACGACCCGGAGAAGAUCCGCGCCGCGGCGAAGGUCCGCGCCGCGGAGCUCGCGAAGCGCGCGCGGACCCACGGCGAGCCGUCCCUGGAGGAGUGCGCCGAGUACGUGCGGGCGAAGAACCUCAUCGAGGAGGCCGAGCGCGCCAAGUUCCCCGACGCGCCCAAAGCGCCGGAGUCGCGCGCGACGGUGCCCUUUGGCCACCUCCGCGUGAACCGCGACGCGCCGCCGCCGGCGCCCGCCGGCGACGCCAUGGAGCUGCUCGAGGACGGUGACUUCGACAUCUCCGGGGACGCCGAGGCCCUCGCGUCCCAGGCCAAGGCCGCGCGGAAGAAGGCGCGCGCUUUGGGCGCGGGCUUCGGCCGGGGCUUCCUCAACUAG